CCCUUUGGAGUUCAAUCAUCGUGCAACGGACGGAGGGUCUUAGAUGAGAGCCAUGCCAGGGAUUCUUCUUCACGGGAUCGCGACGGGGAUCGUGAUCGCCCUGCUUGCCGUCACUCAAUCACAUGGCCUCACACCCUACAACUGCAACUAUAAGGGAGGAGCAAGUGGGGUGACGGCGGAUUGCGAACCAGAUGAGAUGGUGUUCUAUGUUUGCGGAGCGGGAGGAAACACAGGCGCCUGUGUUGGGUCCGGUGGCUGUGCGGCACCUGGGGAUUGCGCAACUCGAAUCUGGUGCUGCCAUGUGGAGGAAGGAUCACUAGAAUCUGACAACUGUCAGACGCAUGGUGGUUCCCCUGGGCAGAUGCUCUCCUGCCCUGAAGACCAGUUCAUGAGGGGAGCCUGCUCCUCCUUCUUCGGUGAGAUGUGUAGUGGUGGAGUCAGUCACUCCAUCAACUGUUGCGACUACAGGUAUAGAUUUGGCGGAGCACCGCUGAUCCCCUGGGACCCUGCAGAAGAAGGAUCUACGAAUGGACAUAGUGUCUCCUGUCCUGAAGGCAGAGUAGCCACAGGACUCUGUGCUUCGGAAGAUGCAGAUCCAGAUUGUACAGGCGAUGAUUUCACCAUGCUCAUCUGUGCCGAGGCUUUCACCACUCCCUUGUCCUGAUCCCAGGUUCUUCGCGGGACGUAAGCAGAAAUAAAGACUGCUUUUAGAGAAGCGA